UGAAGACACGCAUGAUGGUGGUUACUGCAGCAGUAAGUGCACAGUCGGCACAGCCUCAGCGCAGGGCUGCAGUCGGGGCCUAGUGUGUGGCUCUGGAUGGGACUGGCUUUCCUGAUAUUGCCUCUUCUCUGCAGUGAACUGCGCCUGGGAUUGGCGAAGGUCUUGCAUAGGAAAAGGGCUGGAAGUCCUACGGUGAAUAUUACAGAAUGGGUCCCAGAGAACAUCACCGUGUCAGGGACGGGCUCCACGAUGAACGUCACGUUUUCCAAGGCCCCAGACAGCUAUGGAAUUUCCAGCUACACUGUGUUGUACACCAGAUGCCAGGAAGUCAACUGGCAAAGAGUGACUGUGCAGCACCCGCUGCAGCUCCAGGGCGCCCUGCAGGUGCUGCUGCACGACCUCAGCCCCCGCACUGACUACUGCAUUCAGGUGAGCUGCUCCCGCUGCGAUGCUGCUCAUUCCAGACCUUUGGUAGUGGAGAGAAAGGGUCUCUUCGGAUCGCUGGGCUCCCCUUCUUCUCCAGCGCCCCAGAGCUGCCUUCAGAGCUCACCGCCCAGCAUCUUCCUCUGCUACUCCCCCUGGGGGGGGCCGCAGCACACCCGACUGGCCCUGGCCCUGGCCUCCUACCUGCAGCUGCACUGUGCCUGUCAGGUGGGCACCCAGCAGGCAGCCAGGAGUCCCAGACUCCCUCAGGUCUAG